AUCAACACAACCGCCCUGAGCACAGAGACUGGAGCAUGAAGCCGGCGAAAACCUGAAAUAUUAACAUACAAAUCGGGUAUUAGUGUCAUAAAAGUUUUAAUUUCAUAACAGUAAAGCCUGCUACAUUGAAAAGUGAAAGAAUGACUGUGCUAACAUGAGCUGGUAAACAAGGACACACCGAAAACAAGCAGCUCUUUGUGAAAAGCACAACACAAGACGCAGGAGGAAUACCUGAGCCCUCAGAAAGAAGAGACAUGAAUUUAAAUGACUUUGUGGUGCUUCCUAACAACAAGGCCAAAUCCGUCAGGCUCAAUGCCAGGAACCUGCGAGAACAGCACAUGCAGACGCUGACUCUGGCCCAGGAGAGCAAAGAGAUGGAGGAGAAGCUGCAACAGUUGAAAGAGAGCAUGAGUAAAGAAAAGGAGGAGAGAGGGCAUUCUGGAGGGUUUAGAUGGAAGUCUGGCCAGCGUGGCUCUUUAAACAGCAAUGCUGUAACAAACAGCGCCAAGAAGACCAAGGAGAACACACUCCAAAAGCUGUCAGCAGGCAAGGUGAAGAUCCGAGUGCUGAAGGAUGAACCGCUGACAGCCCCACCUCAGCCACCACCUCCACCUCCAAACCCUACUGUCAGUCUUCUGAUGACAAGAAAGAAUAGGCUGAAGGGGAAAUACUGUGGACAGUGUGAAGUCAAGACUGCAGGCGUGAUGUGUACUGAAUGCACAGAGGACUACUGCAUCGGCUGCUUUACCAAAUUCCACCAGAAGGGAGCACUGAAGCUCCACAGAAUGGUCCCCAUUCAGACAGAUUUACAGACCCAUGUGAGCACUCGAGAUGUUGUCAGCUGCUUCCAGAGACAGAUUAACCCUAGCUCUUAUCCCGAGACCUUUACAAGUCCUGCUGUGGCAAAACCUAUGCAAUUGCACCCUGACCCCAGCCAGGUGCCGGCUGUGAAUCACAGAGUGGAGCAAAAGGUGGAGCUGAUAAAAGAGGGGCAGAAAAGGGAGGAUGAGAGGGGGUUCUCCGCCUCUCUUCUUAGAGGAGAGUACAACGAGGAGGAGUCUGCAAAAUCUUUCCAGGAAGUUCUCAGACAGUGGAGAGGAGAGACAAAUGAGGGAGCAGGAGAACCAAUGAGUGAGGAUGCAAUGUGGACACCAAUCCGACCAGUAUCGGUGUCAGCGAUGGCGACCCAGGCUGACCUCGCUCAAGACAGAGGAGCUGAAGGACGAGGGAGAGGAGGGGUACCUGUCAGGGUGGAGUUCAAAGAAAGCAGUCUUACCUACAUGGAAAGAUUGCUUCUUAAGAAGCACCGCAGAACACCAAUCGAAACUUCUCGUCCAUCGUUGGCCUUUGGUACGGAUUUAAAACCCAUACGUAACACAAACACUGGGGAGGAGACUGCAUGCAGCCUGACAGCCCAGGAGGAGGAUUUUCGUCGCUACUGUGCAUCAUUGUUUGCCGUCCCUGUCAGCAGGGGCAGGGCUGAGCCUCAGAUUACUACACCUGAAUCGUGCCUCGUCAUAGAAGUCCUGGAUGAGACAGACAGAGACAUAAAUGGAGGAUCUGAUGCUGAACAGAGGAAAGACAACAACAGCAAGGUUUCCUCUGCGCAGCAGGUCCUGAAUAAGGAAACACUGGUACCCCAAACAGCCUCAACCAAUAGUGGGUCCUCAAGAGUCAGCUGCUCCUCUCCCAGUCCGGCACAACCAUCCAGGCAGCCUAAAGCACCAGCACAAGUCAAAGCAGUUCAGCAGCUCCAUGUAGCUAAGCCCCAGAGUUCACAAGCAGAACACUUGACAAAAUCAUUGCCCUCUAAAAGUAAACCAUCAACCUGCCCCACUCCCAGGACUCCAAAGACAUCAAUCAAGACACCAACCUCAACGUCACAAAAGCCCACUUGCUCCCCAAAAGUCCAGAAAUCAACACCUGACCAUGGAUCAACACGUUUGUCCUCUUCCUCAUCAGCACUUUCCCAAACCAAGAUCCCUAAAUCCUCCCAUUCCUCUGUCUCAUAUUCACCUGAUGUUUCUCCUUUGGCUAGCACCAGAUCCCCAGUCCCAGAAGAGCAUAUCUCCUCUUCUCCAUCCUUAACCUUCCCUCUUAGGUCUACGUUCAUAGUCUCACCAUCAAGUUCCACUGACUCAACCUUAUUGCCUAAAGUUUACCAUUCAACACCAUUAGAAAAAGGCUCAGACCCAUCUCUGUUAUCAGAACAACUCCAAUCUUCCCAGUUAUGCCCAGAACCAAUCUCAUCACUGGAGCUUUCCCAAUCGACCCCAAGCAAUCUGGAGUCCCCGAGGCAAUUCCAACAUGACCUCUGUGACCCUCAGUCUCUCCUAUCAGAGAAUCGACUCCAGCCGCCUCUGUCACCUGUGUCCUCCAAUCCAAGCCCACCACCAAAAUCUCUGGCGCCAAGUCCACCUGUAAAAACCUCAUCCAGCUUAUCUCUAUUUAACAAGUCCCCUCCAGAUGCAUAUUCCAGACACGGGUCAACUCCAACUCCAGUGUUUAUGUCCUCUGUCCCCAUCUCUCAUGACCAUAAAUCACAUCAGGACACACAGCGUGUCCCAACACUUCCUCUACAUCACUUGAAUCUCAUCCAGUAUCCUCCCUCAGCACUGAAAAUGGAGCAGGAAGAGGAGCUAUCACAAGACAGUGGUGACGAAAUGUCCAUUGAUAGCCUGGGUCUGGAUCCACACGAUGAAGACUCCUCAGACGAAGAAGCACAGAUGCACGGACGUUUAACAAGAGGGAGAUCCAGAGAAGAGCAAGGGAAUCCUGCCACAUCUCAUACAGAAGAUCCCUUUGUUCCAGCAGAUGCAGACAGAGGAGAAGAUUUGCAGACUGAUAAGCAAGAACAGCUGUCAGAACCAUCCAUGGUGAUGCACAACCAGAGUGUUGGGUCUGGAUCAGAGCAGUUCUGUGAUCUGGAUGGGUUGCCGCCUCUGGGUUUGGACAUGAAUUCCGGUCAGUCCGACACACCAGAGCACACACGCCGUGACCCACUGCACACAUGCCAAACUUUACCCCAUUGCUCAGAUCCAACAGGGUCAGAGGCUUUUGGGCGAAGCAGAAGCCGCGGUACCUACGCUGAGGAACACCUGGUUUUUAGAAUGAUGAAGGACAACCACAUGCAGCCAAGUGGAAUUCAAAUUCACUCAACCAGACCCACCAGGAGAGGAGAAAUAUCAGCAAAUGAACUGGGAACAUCUGGGUCUGACCUGUCUGGCAAGUCCACACCAACUGUCUCUCACCCAAGUCUUCUCUCUGCACCCGUCUCUCCCUCCCUUUCCCGUUCCUCCUCUCUUCCAUUCUCUGCAUCCCGUCCCACGUCGGGCUCAGGAUCGGGUCCAGCGUUCCGUCCGUUGUCCCGUGCAGCCCUGGAGAUAAUGGAGAUCUGCGGUGUGGACCAGACAGGCUGCGAGGACCCUGACCUGGACACUGACACGACUGCACACGCACUCCACAGUCUGGAGCAGGAACUCAGACUUAUGGCAAAGGAAACAGCAUUGCAGGCUUCAGUAUUUGCUUUGGAAAACAGCAGAUGUCAAGAUCAGCAUGGAAAUCAUUAUUUCACAUGGGGCAGAGCCAGCGAGGAACAAAAGGAUGAGGAGGCGGCUGCACAGAGAGACCGGCAGAGUGUCCUCUCACUACCCUGAGAUAUUCACACACAUGCACAUAAAAACACACACACACACACACACACACACACACACACACACUUGCUUGUUAAAUAAGGGAAAAAAGGACAUGCACAAGAGAUAUAAGAGACUGAAGUGAGUGAAAACAAAAUGGAUGUAAUUUAAAUUGUGUUCACGUGGUGCAGAUGCUACUUAUACUAAAUCUGCACAGAACUCUUGUUGUGAAAAUAUAAAUUAAAUGCUGUUUUGAUUUGA